AAGAGGAAGAGGAAGCCGGAGUUGUUGACACUUCGACGAUGGCGACCGACGUGAGGCAGGAGCUAGCACAGCUAAUGAAUUCAACUGGAUCUCACAAAGACCUUGCUGCCAAAUAUCGACAAAUUUUGGAGAAGGCCAUUCAGUUUACAGAUGCAGAGCAGCUGGAAUCCUUGAAGGCCUUUGUCGAAGCAAUGGUCAACGAAAAUGUCAGUCUUGUCAUCUCGAGACAGCUGCUCACUGAUUUCUGCACGCAUCUGCCCAACCUGCCUGACGCCACAGCUAAAGCCGUGUAUCACUUCACCUUGGAAAAGAUUCAGCCCAGGGUCAUCUCCUUUGAGGAACAGGUAGCCUCAAUCAGACAGCACUUAGCAACCAUUUAUGAAAAGGAGGGAGACUGGAGGAAUGCUGCCCAGGUUUUAGUUGGUAUCCCCCUGGAAACAGGACAGAAGCAAUACAACGUUGACUAUAAGUUGGAUACAUACCUGAAAAUCGCUCGUCUAUACUUGGAGGAUGAUGAUCCAGUGCAGGCGGAGGCAUACAUCAACAGAGCUUCAUUACUUCAGAAUGAAUCUUCUAAUGAACAGCUGCAGAUACACUAUAAGGUGUGCUAUGCCAGAGUCCUGGACUUCAGGAGGAAGUUCAUUGAAGCUGCACAAAGAUACAACGAGUUGUCUUAUAAAUCGAUCGUCCAUGAGACUGAACGCCUGGAGGCACUGAAACAUGCCCUAAACUGCACCAUACUGGCGUCUGCAGGCCAGCAGCGUUCCCGUAUGUUGGCCACUCUGUUUAAGGAUGAGCGCUGUCAGCAGCUGGCUGCCUAUGGCAUCCUGGAGAAGAUGUACCUGGACAGAAUUAUCAGAGGAAACCAGCUGCAGGAGUUUGCUGCCAUGCUGAUGCCUCACCAGAAAGCCACGACAGCAGAUGGCUCCAGCAUCCUUGACAGAGCCGUGAUCGAACACAACCUCCUGUCCGCUAGCAAACUCUACAACAACAUCACGUUUGAAGAACUAGGAGCCCUGUUAGAAAUCCCCCCAGCAAAGGCCGAGAAAAUAGCUUCCCAGAUGAUCACUGAAGGACGCAUGAAUGGAUUCAUCGACCAGAUAGACAGCAUCGUACACUUUGAGACACGUGAAGCCCUUCCUACUUGGGACAAACAGAUCCAGUCUCUGUGUUUCCAGGUCAACAACCUCCUAGAAAAGAUCCGCGCAGCUGCUCCGGAGUGGGCUGCUCAGGCUAUGGAGACCCAGAUGACCCAGUAAACACCACCCAAAACAAACCAAAAAAAACUACACUGUUCCCUCUUUAGUCUGGUUUAAAGUGUUGUCUUCCUGGUCAAAAACGUCACCAGUUGAGUCCCAGUAAUGGAAGAAGAAGCCUCUGGUAUCCACAUCAGUUGUUUGAAUUUUCAUAAAACACUUUGUACUUUUGUCCACAAGGAAAAUAGUUCAAUGUUUCUCAAUAUUUCAGAUCUGUGUCUGGCAUAGACGUAUCGACGGGAGGAUCAAAAUGUAACGUUUAGGUGACUUCACAUUAUUAUUUACUUGGCCUGUUAAAAGUUUGGAUGUUAUUAUUCAGAUAGACGACAUGUAAUACGGUCAAAAAGAAGCUUUUGCGCUUCGACACAUUCACCUGUUUUUUUAAACGUGACAUAAUGACAUAACAAAAUCUGUCAAAUGUUUCUUCGCCCAUCUUAUGAAAUGUUGAAUUAAAUUCAAAGCGGAGAGAAAUCGUUCAGCGUCAUGUUUUCAAGU